AUGCGACACCCCACAUUCCUGCCCAGGGUGCUGGCACAGCUAGAGCAUGUGUACAGCACCUCCUUUUACACAUCGCUUUUCAAACAGUACCCCACAUUCCUGCCCAGGGUGCUGGCACAGCUAGGAGCAUCCUUUUACACAUCGCUUUUCAAACAGUGUGUGUACAGCACCUCCUUUUACACAUCGCUUUUCAAACAGUACCCCACAUUCCUGCCCAGCGUGCUGGCACAGCUAGAGCAUGUGUACAGCACCUCCUUUUACACAUCGCUUUUCAAACAGUACCCCACAUUCCUGCCCAGAGUGCUGGCACAGCUAGAGCAUGUGUACAGCACCUCCUUUUACACAUCGCUUUUCAAACAGUACCCCACAUUCCUGCCCAGGGUGCUGGCACAGCUAGAGCAUGUGUACAGCACCUCCUUUUACACAUCGCUUUUCAAACAGUACCCCACAUUCCUGCCCAGGGUGCUGGCACAGCUAGAGCAUGUGUACAGCACCCCCUUUUACACAUCGCUUUUCAAACAGUACCCCACAUUCCUGCCCAGGGUGCUGGCACAGCUAGAGCAUGUGUACAGCACCCCCUUUUACACAUCGCUUUUCAAACAGUACCCCACAUUCCUGCCCAGGGUGCUGGCACAGCUAGAGCAUGUGUACAGCACCUCCUUUUACACAUCGCUUUUCAAACAGUACCCCACAUUCCUGCCCAGGGUGCUGGCACAGCUAGAGCAUGUGUACAGCACCCCCUUUUACACAUCGCUUUUCAAACAGUACCCCACAUUCCUGCCCAGGGUGCUGGCACAGCUAGAGCAUGUGUACAGCACCUCCUUUUACACAUCGCUUUUCAAACAGUACCCCACAUUCCUGCCCAGGGUGCUGGCACAGCUAGAGCAUGUGUACAGCACCUCCUUUUACACAUCGCUUUUCAAACAGUACCCCACAUUCCUGCCCAGUAGUGCUGGCACAGCUAGAGCAUGUUACCCCACAUUCCUGCCCAGAGUGCUGGCACAGCUAGAGCAUGUGUACAGCACCCCCUUUUACACAUCGCUUUUCAAACAGUACCCCACAUUCCUGCCCAGGGUGCUGGCACAGCUAGAGCAUGUGUACAGCACCUCCUUUUACACAUCGCUUUUCAAACAGUACCCCACAUUCCUGCCCAGGGUGCUGGCACAGCUAGAGCAUGUGUACAGCACCCCCUUUUACACAUCGCUUUUCAAACAGUACCCCACAUUCCUGCCCAGGGUGCUGGCACAGCUAGAGCAUGUGUACAGCACCCCCUUUUACACAUCGCUUUUCAAACAGUACCCCACAUUCCUGCCCAGGGUGCUGGCACAGCUAGAGCAUGUGUACAGCACCCCCUUUUACACAUCGCUUUUCAAACAGUACCCCACAUUCCUGCCCAGAGGAUGUGUACAGCACCUGCUUUUCAAACAGUACCCCACAUUCCUGCCCAGGGUGCUGGCACAGCUAGAGCAUGUGUUUUUACACAUCGUUUUCAAACAGUACUGGCACAGCUAG